AUGUCCAAUUUCGAGGAGGCAUUGGGCAUCAAGGAGGGCCGGCCCGAGGGCGACGUUCACGUUUUCAUUCUGAAUCACAAGUUGACCAAACCCCAGAAAAACAGUAAAGGUGUUUAUGGAGGCAAUUUGGCGGGCCAGGCGCUUCUCGCUGCGAUCAAGACGGCCCCCGAAGGUUUCACGCCGCAUUCGCUUCACUCUCAUUUCGUGAAAAGUGUCAGUGACCAGCAGAAGGUGAAAUGGACUGUGGAGGAGGUCUCCAACGGAAAGACCUUCUGCAACCGCAGUGUCAAGGCGUGGCAGGAUAAGCUGAUCAGAUACAUUGCGAAUAUUUCCUUGACCAGGAAGAACUCGUUCAAGCAGGCGGAGCGGGAAUACUACGAUUACGAAGAGAGACAGGAGAAGUUGAAGAAGGAAGCUGCAGCCAAGGGAGAGGAAUACGAUCCAGAAAGCGAAGACGCUGAGCCAAUGAAGCUCAAACCAUUCUCUUUCCAGACUCCGCUCCCCCGCUGGUUGUUGGAAGAACGCAAAGAAGACAUGCCAGUAGACAAGCGCUCUGCAAACAGAUACAUCUACCACAAAAUCCCCCAUCAGUUUGUGUCGCUAGAGGACACGAGAUACGAGGACCGCGUGCCUGUGACAGAGCGCAAGAUGUCGUUCUUUGUUCGUUUGGGCGACGGGUCGCUCAAAAUCAAGGACCCUGCUUUCCAGUUUGUCGGGCUUGGAGUGUUGCUGGACUCGCUCUUUUUGACCCGCCUCGCGAGAGUGUUGAGGAUAUCUACGGUCAAUUUGAGCAAGACGGGCCACUACUUCUCCGUCUCGCUCGACCACGUCAUCUACUUCCACGACUCCGAAUUCGAUUGCACGCAAUGGGUAGCCUUUGGGUUCAAGGCGGUGCGCUUGACCAACAACAGGGUACUUUUAGAGGCUGAGAUGUACAACGAGGCCGGCCAGCACGUAGCCACCAUCAUUCAGGAAGGUCUUGUUCAUUUCAACGGGCUCGAAAAGCUGGCCCAUCUUUAG